AUGAGCGCCGCCGCACUGCGGCUCCGAAACGCCCGCUUCCGGCGACGGGGCAACAAGACAGCGAACCAGACGGCCACCACCAAACGGAGACCGCGCUGCACCUUCGUCCAGACGGGCGGCGCGCUCCUCGCCUUCAAGUCGUACUGGCACGCGUGCGGCGAGGCGCGACGAGCGCGAGCUGACUUUGAGCCGCGCAGCUGCGAGCUGCCACGCUUUGACCCUGCCGCCUUUCUCGAGGCGCUCCGCGGGAGGCGCAUGGUCUUUGCCCGGCAGCACUUCAUCUGGAUUGCGUGCCUGCUCCGCAACCAUUGGGCACAGAACGACGGCGUCCGCGCCAGCGUCCCGGCCAACGCCACCAACAACAAUGGCGGUUUUCGGGUGCGGGGUCGCAGGGUCGUGCAGUUGGUCGGCAGCGCACAGAUGCGAGACUACGUUGUGCGAAGGCGCCACGCCGCCGCCGCAGACACCGCCGCCGACGCCGAGCGCCUCGCCCCGCUAACGUCGGCCUCGGUCGCCCUCGGUGGUGGAGGCCAGCUCGACUAUGCCGGCACAGUGUACUAUGAGAACUUUGAUGCGCGAGGGCACGACAUCGUCGUGGUCUCUCAUCGAGAGGCGCAAGUCGUCUCCCCUGCUUCGCUGAACCGGAGCCUGCAACACCAGGCCGCAGCGUGGUCCGAGUCGCGGUGGCAGUCGCUCAACAAGACGGUCAUCUUCCGAGAGUACUCCUCGCAACACUUUUCAUGUGGCCGAUCCUUCCCCGUGCGAGCGGCGAAGCCCGAGGUGGGAACGGUGGCGCUUGCCGAUACUGAGUGCACAGGCGAGUAUCACGGCCCCUCUGAGGUUGAAGCUGGAUCCGUGCCUGGCCCUGGCAGGGCGCCCUGUCUAGCCGAAGUCCGCCGCCAUCCCGCUGUGGGCGCCGAGCGGAGGCUCCUGCUCCGCCCACCCGGAGCGAGGGAGGGUAGCGGCGGCGGGUUUGCGUAUCUGCCCGUGUUUGACGCGGCGCGCAAAGCCGGCCACCUGCACGUUGGGACGCCUGACCGGAGCGCGACCCCGGGCACGCUCGACUGCACGCACUGGUGCCCCGAAAGCAUGAUGCACCUCUGGGCGCGCAUGGUACUGGCCGCGCUCGGGGAGAGCGCCGGUCUCGGCAAUGGUGAACGCUAUAGGCAGCGGGCCGUGCCAGCGCCCCGAACCUUUUAG